AAUGUUUAUUUGCUGACUUCACUUUAUGUUUGAAUUUUAAACAUGUGUUGUGCGAUCAUAAGCAACGAAUUUUACAACAAAUAGAAUGUUAAACUAAUUAUAAACAAUUUUUAGAUAAUUGUAUAAAAUAAAUUUUAUUUAGUUAUUUUGUGUUCAUUAAUUGGUUUUAUAAUGAAAUCUGCAAAUAUAAAACCACCUGUUGCAACACGAAAGCACGGAAACCGGGCAAAAUGUGAUAAUGAUACAUCUAAAGAGCCUGUUAGAGUUUUUUGCCGUUUAAGACCAAUAGUUCAUUCUAAUGAUGUAUCUUGUAUGAAAAUUAUUUCUGAUACAGCCUUGGUUAUUACUCCAUCAGAAUCAAUAACGAAUGUUCGUAAUGUAAACAAAGCUAUUCAAACGUGUUUUAGUCACGUUUUUGGUCCUAAUACUUCUCAAAGAGAAGUAUUUAAUAUUGUAGCUUUACCACUUGUUGAAAAUCUUCUUAAUGGCAAAAAUAGUUUACUCUUCACAUAUGGAGUAACUGGAAGUGGUAAAACUUAUACUAUGUCUGGUACACAUGAUGCAGGUAUCAUGCCUCGUAGUUUAGACGUUAUUUUUAACAGUAUAGCAAAUUGUCAAACAAAGAAAUUUGUUUUUAAACCUGAUAAAUUAAAUGGUUUUGAUAUACAAAGUGAAGCUGAUGCAUUGUUAGAUAGACAAAAUGAACUUCAAAGAUUUGUUACUUUUUAUAAUGGAAAAACUCCUAAAAUGUGUAAAAUAGAUGGAAAUAAUUUUAGCAAUGAAAAUAUCUUAAAUUUAAGUAAUGAAUCUCAAACAUUAGUCAUUGAUGAAGAUAAUGCAUAUGCAGUUUUUGUAACAUAUAUUGAAAUUUAUAAUAACAGUGUGUAUGAUUUAUUAGAUGAGAAUGAAGGGAAGACAAAAACUUUACAGAGUAAAAUUAUACGUGAAGAUGGAAAUAGAAAUAUGUAUGUUCAUGGAUGUACAGAAAUAGAAGUAAAAAGUUCAGAAGAAGCAUUUGAAAUAUUUCAACGUGGUCAAUGUAAAAGACAUAUUGCAUAUACUAAUCUUAAUGCAGAAUCAAGUAGAUCUCACAGUGUUUUUACUAUAAGACUUGUUCAGGCACCACUAGAUAAGGAUGGUGAACAAAUUGUUCAAAAUAAACAAGUAAUUUGUAUUAGUCAAUUAUCUUUAGUAGAUUUAGCUGGAAGUGAACGUACAAAUCGCUCGAAAAAUACUGGACAGAGACUCAGGGAAGCAGGAAAUAUAAAUAAUUCGCUAAUGACACUGCGUACUUGUUUGGAAAUACUUCGUGAAAAUCAGACUCAAGGUACAAAUAAAAUAGUCCCUUAUCGAGAUUCUAAAAUAACACAUUUAUUUAAAAAUUACUUUGAUGGAGAAGGAAAUGUUAGAAUGAUCAUUUGCGUUAAUCCUAGUGUCGAUGAUUAUGAUGAAACUAUUCAAGUAUUAAAGUUUGCUGAAGUUAGUCAAGAAGUACAAGUUACAAAUUCUACAGCUUCAAAAUUAGAUUUAGGAUAUGCACCUGGUAGAAGACAAGCUAAUAAAAUAUUUAAAGAAGCAAGAAAUAGAUUAGAAAAUGCUGGUCAUCCUACUGCAGCUGAUUUAGAAGUUGAUUUGGGUUUAGUAUAUAGUCUUGGAGGACCAUUUCCAGAAAUAGAUAUAACAAAUCCACAUAAUGAUGAAAUAAUCACUACACUUAUGCGUUUCUUAGAAUUGCGUAUUCAAAAGCGAAAUAUUUUGCAAGAAGAUCUGAAACAGAAACAAACGAAUUUUAGAAAUAUGCUAGUAAAAAUGGAACGCGAAAAUGUAUCAUUAAAAAUUGAAAAUUCUACAUUGAAAGCAUCAAAUGAUCAACGACAAAAAAAAAUAUCUGCUUUGGAAGCUCAUAUUUGUAAAACAGAAGCACAAAUUGAUACUUUAUUAUACAGAUUAAAUAGUGCAAAUGACAUAAUCAGACAUAUGAAGCAAGAAUUACAAAACAAAAAUAUAUUAUUGAAUCAACGUGCAAUAGACAAACAAAAAGUAAAAGAAAAAUAUAAUAAUAAAAUUCAAGCAGAAACUGAUAAAAUGAGUAAAGAAUUAGAAAGCAAACUUCGCAGACAACGUGAAAUUCUUCAGAAUCAAGUGAAAGAAAAAGAAGAUAAAUUGAAAUUAAUGAAACAGAUAUUAAUAAGUGAUGAUGAAAUAGAUACAAAAAAUAAAUUAGAAUGUAAAGAAACGAUUCAAAUACAAAAUGAAAUUGAAGUACCCACAACAUCAAAAAUCAUUACAACUACUCCAAGUAGUAUUUCAGAAGCUACACUUUCUACAACUACACCAAAAAUUAUGACAAAAGCUGUUUCGACAGUUAAAUUUGAUGAUUAUAAUAACCGAUUAAGUAGAAAAGAUAGAAUACCAGUAGUAAAUCUACAUUAUAGAAGAUCACAAAGUGCAGAAAGAUGGAUUGAUCAUCGACCUCCUGGAUUAGUUCCGGUUGGUACCAUUUUUCAACCAGUUAUUCGAAAUAAACGAAGUAUCACACAAUUAACAGAUCCGAAAGAUAUUACAAACAAAGCAUCCAGAUAUUGCCUUGUCGCACAGGAACAAGAUACAGAUGGUGAACUUGAAACUAAAUUAUACAAAGGAGAUAUAUUACCAACUAGUGGAGGAGGAGCUCAAGUGGUAUUUAAUGAUAUGGAACAUUUGAAACAAGUUUCGUUGCUUGCAAGAAGAAAACGUAGUAGUUAUUUGAGCCCCGAAAAAAAUUCUACUUCUCAAAAAAGUUAUUGUGAUUCGGAAGAAAAUAAUUCAAAAAAACCUCGCGUAUAAUUUAUUAAAAAAAUUUUUGUAUUUUAUUAUUUUAUUUUCAAAUAUCUGACAAAUCAAAUAAGAUAUAUAGAUAAUGCAGAUAUAAAAACCAAAGAUGUGAAGAAAUAAAAUUUUCUUCAAUUUUUUAUGCAAUAACUAAAGUACAAAUAAGUUAUAAAUAUAUAAUUAUAUUUUUGUUUCAUUUGAUGGUAAAAUAUAUAUCAUUUGUUAACAAAUUACUUUAUACAAAAAAAAAUAUUUUUUAGUUUAAUCUAUAUAGUCGUAUUGUUAUAACAAAUAUUUUUUACUUAAAAAAUGAUUUAGAGCUUAUUAUAAAAUAAAAUUCAACAUACACUUUAAUAUUUUUUUAUUUAUAAUUUCUUAAAUGUCUUAUGUUAAAUGUCCAUUUAUUUCCCGUAGCUUAUACAACACAGACUCUGUAAAUAAUACAAAUGUUAGGAUAACAGAAGCCUGGAUAUGUACUGCCAACAGCAAAGUAGUGAAUAUAUACAUCAUUUCUACAUGGUGCGAGUUGCGAAAAUUUAAAUUGAAAAAUAAUCAAAAUUUUUCUUGUAAUUCAGUUAAGCAAACGAUUUACAAAUUUGGAUGCUUUUGAAUUUAUAAUUAAUUUUUUAAAGAAAUUUUAAACAACUUAAAACUUUGCAAAUCGAAUCAAUACAAUAAUAAUAAUGGUAAUAAAUGUAAUUAAAAAAAUUGUUAUUGUAUAAUAAUAAAUUGUAAUUGAGAAAACAAUUUGUAUUUUAUCUUAUAGAAUCUAUAUCAUUACAGAAAUUGAGCGUAUUUUUAUAAUGUUAACCAUUCUUAUAAUACAGCUUUAUUGGCAAUAUGCAUUUUCAUUUACUUUUGUUAUUCUUCCAAUGUUUGGUAAUGUAUAUAAAUCAUAUAAAGUAUCAAGACUAGAUGAAUA